UUGACUUUUUGCUUAUUGAAUAUACCCUAUUUUUCACAUCUCUCUCUCUCUCUACCUCGUCAAACAAAUCCCUUUCUUAUUGAUCAUCCAACGCCCACCACUACGAACGACGACAAACGAACCAACGCAAUACUGUAGAAAAUGACACAAACUCAAACGGAGCAGCAGCAGCAACAACAACAAAGAAAAACAAUCAGCAAACGACGAUCCUUCAGCGCCUGGCUUCGUCGCAAGGUGACUCCCAAAGGAAGCGUCAGAAAAGUAACGCCUCGGGAAGGCGUCGGGGCGCCGUUUACAGAACCACGAGCCGUGUUUGGCGUACCGUUGGUCGAAUCCAUCCAAUACGCGCGGCAAACGAUCAGCUAUCAAGAUGAAGAUGGAACUGUUUAUCGACAGGCUGGCGCGAUCCCCACCGUUGUGGCUAAAUGUGGUCUUUUUCUCAAGAGCAACGCACUGCAAACAGAGGGGAUCUUUCGAUUGUCAGGAAGUUUGAAGCGUGUGGCAGCACUGCAAGAAACAUUCAACAAACCAUCGUACGGAGUAAGCGUUGAUUGGGAAGGCCUUACCGUGCAUGACGCAGCCACACUGUUUAGACGCUAUCUGAACCAAUUACCGGAUCCGGUGAUCAUCCACGAAUACUAUCAGCCAUUCCGCGAUGUGAUGAACGACAACUCUUACGACUCGAUCGAAGAGCGAAUCGAUGCAUUUCAAAUCCUAAUCGGAAAACUCCCGCUACCACACCAGCAGCUUUUGCUGUAUCUGCUGGAUAUGCUCAAUCUAUUUGCACGACAUUCGGAAGACAAUCGUAUGGACGCGAGCAACCUGGCUGCUGUGUUUUGUCCGGCCGUGUUGAGCCAUCCAUCGCACAACACCCCGGUGCAGUACAAGAUCUCUCAGCGUGUCAUUGAAUUUCUCAUUGAGUUUCAGGCGUUAUUUACAAUGCAGAUGGUGGUCCACAACAGCAAAGAGAGGUCGAAUUCAGUAUCGAGUGACGGCGCUUUUGUUGGCAAAGGGGACGAUGGGGACAAUGUACCGCCCGUGCCCGUACUCCCUGAUUGGGUGGGUGCUACAUUUAUUGCACAAAGGACGGUUCCACCACUCGAUAUGGAAACUGUACAUCGUGGCGGCGGCACAGGCACUGUUCGUCAUGAUCAUGGGAUUAGUCCACCUCUGGAUUCCGGUACUGAUGUCAAGACACCGGCUCCGUUCCAUGUCAAGGAUAGUGACGGUUGUAGCAGCAGCGAUGAUGGCGAUGGCAUACCUACUCCACGACGGUUGCCUUCACCACCUCCUACUGCUGGCGGCAUUACUGCAUCAUCUUUGCCUGCUUCUCCUUGGUCUGUUUCUCAAGAACAACAACCACUGCCGGGUAGCACCACUAAGAGCCUUAGUAGCAGUACGGAGAGCACAUCAAGAGACAGUAAUGUUUGGACUGUCUUGCAUGAAUGGAACAGCAAAUACUGUAAAGAAAAAGAGGCGUGUUCAAGGGGAUGCUUAUACGGGAGAUUCAUAUCCGUUUUAGCAGAAACUAUACAAUACAAAAAAAAAAGAUACUCACGGCGCAACAAAUGCACAUGCAUACUUUAUUGUAUACAGGCAAUCCAAUGUCACUCGCGGCGAUGACAAGCGGUGGCGUCGUUGUGACACUGGCAGUUGGAUAUGUAGGAUACCAAGCAAUGACAUUCCGCAACCUUGUCAACGUGCUCGUAUUCUUUGGUGGAUUGGCAAUGUAUGGGAUGAUGCUUAUGCAAGGGGUCAACAAGACAGAAAUCAAGUCGACAGCAUCCACAACGCCAACAGUGGACGUCAUUGUCGGCGAU